AGCAAGUGUAUGUCUAGUUGUAGAAACAACUGUUGCCAUAGAGACGGGCAUGGCUACAUAACUGGCCUGGUUACAAUGUGCGACAGCGAGAACGCCUGUCAGAUUAGCGACUUUGACAAGGGAAGAUGGUUCGAAUAACGGAGGAUUUACUUCGGAAGAGAGCCGAACACAACAACUGCGAGAUCUUUUCGCUGGAAGAAAUCUCGCUCCACCAACAAGAAAUCGAGAGGAUUGAACUUCUAGAUAAACUGUGUAGAGAUCUCAAAAUUGUGUACUUGCAGAGCAAUCUGAUACCAAAGAUAGAAAAUGUUGGUAGACUGAAGAAGCUAGAAUAUCUUAAUUUGGCACUGAACAAUAUAACAAGGAUUGAAAAUCUUGAAGGCUGUGAGUCUUUACAAAAGUUGGAUCUCACUGUUAACUUUGUAGGAGAACUCACAAGUAUUGAAUCACUCAAAGGAAAUUAUCAUUUCAAAGAGCUAUAUCUGACAGGGAACCCAUGCACAGAGUACGAAGGGUACAGAGAAUAUGUCAUUGCUACUUUAGAUCAUUUACAGUGGCUUGAUGGAAAAGAGAUAGAAAAAUCUGCGAGGAUUUUGGCAAAGCAGGAUUAUGAGAAUAUCAGGAACGGGAUAAUUAUUCAAGAAACAGAGUACACUAAGAAAAGGGAGAAAGAAAAACAAGAAGCAACAAAGGCGAAAACAGAUGAUAAAGAAACUGAAGAUCUCAGUAAGAGUAAUCAAGAAAAAACAGAGAAAGAAGAAGAAGAAGACGAGAAAAGAUUUUGGCAAGAAAAAACAGAUUUCACCCCAGAGUCCAGGAUUGAACUUCAUCAACACAUUGAAGAAAAGCGGAAACAAAAGGAGAAAAGAGAUGAUGAGAGACUUGGAAGAAAGAAACAAGUUAAAGAAAUGAGGUUCUUUGCGGCUGAUGGUCAUGUGCUGAAUGUAAACCAAGGAAAAUGGGACUUUGAGUUUCAUGAUGAUGAAGAUAACAAUAGAUUUGUUUUGGAUCUACCUUGUUUUAAGUAUUUGGACACAUCUCUCAUUGAUGUUGAUGUUCAGCCCACAUAUGUAAGAGUGACAGUAAAAGGCAAGGUGUUUCAACUGGCUCUGAACGAAGAAGUCAAUCCAGACUCAAGUUCUGCAAAGAGAUCACAGACAACAGGCCAUCUGAUCAUAGAAAUGCCCAAGAUGAAGCAAGUGGUCAAGCCACUGAGGAAUUUACUGACAAAAAGUUCUAAUAAACCAAAACAUGACAGUCAAGAUUCCCAGUCACCUUCAGAACCAGAGAAAGAGAACAGAAUACACCACGAGCGAUUGGAGGUCAAACCCAAUACUAACAGUGACAUGGAUUUCAGUAAAAUUGUAAAAGACAGCAAAACUGUUCAAGACAAAACUAAAAAGCAAGAUGAAAAGGUGAACAGAAUAACAGAAUCAAAGGAAGAUAAUUUUAUUGAUGACCCGGAUGUUCCGCUGCUUAUGUGAGAUUUGGUGAAACCUUCUGUACAUGUACAUAAUGUAAUAAAUAUCAAUGUAUAAAUAA